CAGUCGGCACCGAGCAUCCAGGCAGAGCACAUCGAGCCAUCGGAGUCGGGGCGAGAUACGCAACACGCACCUCGGAACGUAACCACGGGCACGAUGGCCGUCCGGCGCGUGCACCGUCAACAACAACAGCAAGAACAACAGCAACGUCGUCACCGUCGUCGUGGUGCCGUAUUUGUCGCGCGUGUUCUUCAUAUUUACCUGCAUACGGAAUCGAAACAACAUCUGCAGCAGGAUCGCGCGCUCGCUAAGGCAUCGUGGCCACCAUCGUGCGGAUACGUGGCGCGCGGACUAUGCGCCUGAUGCACGCAAUAAGAAACGAAAGAAAAAGAGAAAAAAACACACAAUACACACAUACACGACGACGACGUACGGAAAGUUGCUGGCAGCGCGCGCGUUAAAUAACGACACACACCACGGGGUCCAGGGGCCAUUCUAAAACACAACUCAACCUACAUCGCACACGUUCUACCGUUACCUUUUCCUUAUCCCCUCGUUUUCCAUCGGUUGUGUGUAUAUCGCACCUCCUUCACUCCUCUCUAGUGUGUGCCGGCCUUCCCACGCGGUCCUCGUAUCUUCGCCGAGAUUACGUUUCGGUUAAUACGCAAAGAAACACGCGUCGGCCGUUAAAUUUUCAGGCUCGUUGCCGGCCUGUUUGUCGUCUAUAUCUUUCUCGCGUGUCUCGUUUGUGAUCAAUGUGAUUGUCCUUCAAGCGUAAUAACCAUUUUUGUGUUUUGACUGGUGGUGCGUUCUAUUUCGUGUUCUAAGAAAUUUCAUCUUAUCACAGCGUUUAUUUGUAUACUUGCGGUGCAACGUUCUCAUUCUGUGCCCUUCACGAGAAAAGGGAAGAAAGAAAAAGUGUGUAUCGAAUAGAAGCCUAACCUCCUCCGUCGACGACGGUGGCGACGGUGGUGGAGGCGAAGGUGACGGUGACGGUGAACCGUUUCUCUGUGCUCUGUGUUAUCCAUUUCAAUUUUUUCGUAUUCUACGUUCUUGUGCGAUACUAGUGACAGAGAAGACCGAGGGAAGAAGUGUGUCUGUCUGUCGCGUCGGUGGCGUUCUUUCAUCGCGUUAGUCUCGUGUGCGCGUGACAAAGGAGCACAUAAUUGUGCAAGCGAGAGAAAGAUAGCGUGCAACGCUGUUCCGACGGAUCAUCGUCGACUCGGUUAUAAAGAAGAGAAGAGAAGAUAAGAGAAGAAGAGAAAUACGGAGCAGUGUCGCGUCUUCUGUUCGAACGCGUGUUUUGUCGUUUUCGGUUAGUCGCUUGCUUGUGUCGUAUCCCGCGUCAUUCUGGAAUUCAUGCUGCAUCGAGGACCAAAUUUCAAAAUUCCCGCGUCAGCCGUAUCGGCUGCAUAACCUCUUUUUCUUCCGUGAUUCGAGGCGGACACACCUCUCGUGUUAAGUCGCCGAACGACAAAGACAGGAAAGACGGUGGCCGUCGCUCGGCCAGCAAUAAUGCCGCACGUGAGCAGCAGCGGCGGCGGCGACGAUCUCGGCAGUGAAGACGAGGUCAAGGUCUUCAAGGAUGAGGGCGAGGACGAGAAGAGGUCCUCCGAGAACCUCACGGAGGAGAAAAGUUCCCUCAUCGAUCUCACAGAAUCUGAGGAAAAGGGCUCGCUUGCUGGUGGAAGUUACUCGACGACAGGCAAGACAUCAGCGAGAUCUGAUCUCAGCCCCGUCUUCGGUAAGGUGGACCCGACGCCACAUACCUCAUCGUUCAACAUGGGCUACCUCGUCUCGCCGUAUCCUUACCCCAAUGGCGCCGGAGGACCCAUUCCCGUGUCUAUGGUGAGUCAACUCGCGUUAUCUUAACGAAGCCGAUGCCGUGUACAGCCCAUACGGUACCCCGUAAGUAAUUAUUCGAAAGCGCAAGAGCUAUUCACCUCGGUCGGGCCAACUAGUUCUAUUAGCCAGGGACAGGAAGCCGGUAGAACGCGGCUCUAUCAGCUCUUCCGCGGAUUGACUCGCGCCGCGCGGCUUGUGGCGCCCAUAAAUCCCGCCUCUGCGAUUUUCAAACCGCCCGGCGUGGCGGGCUGCGCCUCGUUGAAUGGCGAAAUCGCGAUCAACGUCGACGAGGCCUCUCCAUAUCUAGAUCCAGAAACUAUGCGGCUCAGAGAGAGAGACUCAAAGCAACCGGAUUAACACGUCGACUUUUCGCGCUCACAGGCUUUUCUCCAUCCGCGGUGUUGCCCUGAUUCGAUCGAAUUUUCUUGGGAAAUUAUUAUAAAUUAUAUAAAUUGGAAUUCCGCGACAUUGGAGUCGUUUCUUUUUAUCUUUUAAAGAUAAAAAUUAUUGUUUGUCGCUUUCUAAUUUUAUUCGAGUGAUAUUUGGAAUUUUUAUUACAAGGAGGAGGGGAUGAUUUUUGACUCGGGAAUAAAUUGAUAAAUUUGGAAGAAAUUUAAGAAAUUUAAAAAGUAUUAAGAGAACGUGUACAACGUUCGUCGAGUUAUUUGAAAGUGAUUUCCCAGAGAAGAAAGAUUAUUAUGAUGGUAAACGCGUGAAGGGUUCCGUAACCUUUUCGGCACUCUGGUAAUUUGUACCCCAUUAAACGAAAGAAAGAAGAAGAAGAAGAGGAGGAGGAGCAAGAAAAAGAAGAAAUACCAGUUUCUAACACACUGACGGAGGACCUGAUAAUUCAAGCUUCAUUCAUAAGUUGUUUCACUAAAACAGGUCCCAGAAGGAUGAUUGUAACUUUCGUGUUUCCCCUAAAAAAAAAAAGAAGAAGCGAACGAGAGAAAAUUAUAUCCAUCGAAACUAGAAAUCAUCAGCUUCUCAACUUUCUCGAGCCCCCUAACAAUCUUGAUUUCAUUCAAAAGUAGUCUGAAUUAUGUCCGUGGGAAUGGGAAGGAAUAGGGUCCAAGUUCCUAGUUCGCAGGUAUACUA